GUACUGGCCGUGGAGCUCAGACGGCAGACGGUCCGCCAGAAGAACAGCAGGUCAGAGCUCUACGAGGGGGCCCUGACUGCUAAUCAUGGAGCCACAGCACUGAGGGGCCACCCUCAGAUAAAAAAUAUAAAAGGCAAACAAUAUCGGAUAAAUAAACAAGAAAAGAGAAAACUUUAAAAAAAAAAGAAAGAAAAAAGACAGAACAAUGGUUGCAGAAGAAGUGAUCAUCACCCUGUCCGGUGGGGCGCCAUGGGGUUUUCGUCUGCAGGGAGGCAUGGAGCAUCAGAAACCGCUCCAAGUGGCGAAGGUGCGUAAACGCAGCAAGGCCUGCCGGGCUGGACUGCGGGAGGCGGAUGAGCUGGUAUCUAUCAAUGAAGAACCAUGUGGAUCUCUUUCCCAUGCCCAGGCCAUGAACCUCAUCGACAGCUCCCCGGGGAUACUAAACAUCCUAGUCAGAAGGGCGCCUGCUGCUUUUCAAUCUGUUGUCCUUGUCACCCGUGCCCCGUCUCCACGGAUAGAUAAAGAGUACCGUGCUGCUCUAAAAGCCAUGUCACCAACCCAACCCCACCACGCGCCUGUCCGAGAGGUCCACCGCAGUCGCUCCUCCUUGACCAGUGGAUUAACUUCCCCACCUGGCAGCGAAGCUUAUUACGGGGAGACGGAUAGCGACGCAGAUGUGGCGGGUUACGAAAGGCAACGGCGACAGAAACGCAGAAGCCCCAGCAACUCCAACUCCGGGAAACCACCGGGAAGGACAUCUCCCGAAGGAGGGGAGACGUCGGAGAUGAGCGGCUACGACAGUGCUCCAGAUGCCCAGGCUUUCCCUCGUUCACUGGAAGGACGUGGAGGAAAUGGAGAUGAAGGAGGCAACCUUCCUGGGGUCACAAGGAAAGAGAUUGUUUACAAACCGCCAGGUCCGGGGAUGUGGUCCUCCCAGACAUCCACUGAAACUUCCUCGAUCAUCUCCUCAGCAGACGACCAGGGGCCACGGGAUGGAGGACAGGAGGAAGACAGUGGAUUUCUAGAGCUGGCCAAUGUGCCGCUUGUUUCCCCCGAGAGGGCAAAGGAGGCUCUGAUGUUGGGUUCUCGCAGCCAGCUUGUGCCCAUGGUGGGUCCUGUGAAUAAACCCAUUGAUGAGGAACUUACGACAACCUACAUGGAGAAGGCUAAGCAAGCUAAACUGAAUCGAGGGGACACACUUCAGGACAAGCAAGUGAAGGAAGCCAAGAGCAAGUGUAGGACAAUUGCCUCUUUGCUGACAGAUGCGCCGAACCCUCACUCCAAAGGAGUGUUGAUGUUCAAGAAAAGAAGACAGCGCUCAAAGAAAUACACUCUGACAAGCUUUGGGAGUGUAGAUGAAGACAGGUUUCAGGACUCACAAGAGGAUGACGGAGUGUUUCCUGGCAGCGAAUCUGAGUUUGAUGAGGAGGGCUUCUCUGGAGCCCCAGAUCCAACUUGGGAUAGCGACUACCUGGAUAAGCUGGAAAAGAGGGCGACGGCAGGCACAGAAGGUCGUGAGGUCGGAGCAGAAAACGCUUUGAAUCCUGGUUUGAGUGACACUGUAGGAAAGGGUGCACAGUUGUUUGAGCAGCAAAGAAAAAGAGUGGAUGAACUUGCAAAGAAAGGAGAGGCAGCACAUUCUCAUGCACCCCUUGAAUCUCAAGUACAGGAGCAUUGUCAGAUGCAUCCAUUGCAUCUUGAAAUUCCUGCACAAGUGCAACCGACACAAGGACCUCAACAGUCACCAUCUGGUCCUACACCUGCACAGGCAGUUCAGUCUCAAAUUGUUAAUUCCCCCCAUGCAGUACCUCAAGGGAACCUACCUAACUCUACAGUGAGUGCAGUUAGCAUGGUGAUGGCACCUCCUCCUGUAGCACCCAAGCCAGCCACAGCCUUGGUUACAGUUCUGAGCAGUUCUGCACCCCCUCCUGAAGCCCCGUUGCCUGAACUGCCUGCAAGCAAUGUUCUAAACAGAACAGCACGUCCUUUUACCCCUGGCUUCAUCAGCAUUCGAGCCGCAACUGCUCCUGUAACGUUUCGACCAGCUGUCUCAAAGAAGACACAGCGACCUGCCUCAGCAGCUGUUGUGACCCUACCAUUUUCCACUGCUUCUGACGUAGCCAAUAACACAACACCCAUAACAUCACAGCAACCCCCUGGUCCUCCACCGGUGGUUCCCCCGCCUUACUCCUUUCCUAAAGCUUCCCUACCCCUUACACCAGAAGCUCCUGUUACUAUUCACACUCCUGCUCUUUCUGCCCAUUUUGAAACAAUGCAGUCAUCACCAGGAUUAAGUGGUGUUCAUCAUUCUCUACUUUCAACUAUGACCCCAGUGUCUGUGCCUUCAGGACCUAGACCUCCACAAACAGCAUCAGUUCCUGUUCCUCCUUUGUCCCAAAUUAAUGGCUCACCUGAUCCAAUUGCCUCAGUGGCUCCACUCCAAGUGCCAGUGGCUCCACUCCAAGUGCCAGUGGCUCCACUCCAAGUGCCAGUGGCUCCACUCCAAGUGCCAGUGGCUCAGCCACCAGCUCCACAAGUUUCCAUACCAUCAGUUACUCAAGAAUCUGUAAUCACAAAGCCUGAAGCUGUUGUCGCAACCUCUGUUCCUGGCCCGACAGGUCGUACAGGAAUCUUACUUGAAGCAAGACGGCGUAGUGGCAAACCUAAACCUAUGUUUAAUGUGCCAGAAGUGGUAAAGAAAUCCCCAAAUCCUGACUUAUUAUCAUUGGUUCAGAACCUAGAUGAAAGGUCCACCAGACACAAGUAUGGCCAAACAACUGCUGACGAUGUCUAUGAAGAGGAGGAAAGUGGUGAGGCUGGCACAGGAAGGGUGCCACCCCCAGUUGCACCAAAACCUCGGGUCAUUCAUGAGACCCCACAGAUUCUUCAAGCUGGGGGCAAAGGGGCUCAAUUGUUUGCUAAAAGACAGAGCCGCAUGGGUAUGUAUGUAGUCGACACCCCACCCGAGACCCCUUACCAGCAGGAUGUGGCCAUGCAAAAUACAUUUCAACAGUUUGACUCCUCUGUCAAUUCUUCCCAUCCCUCUCACUGGAAAUAUUCUCCAAACGUCCGUGCACCUCCGCCUAUUGGAUACAAUCCGCUGUUAGCCCCAUCUCUUCCCACAGGCCCUCAGAAAGAUACAGGCAUCCCAGACAACAAGGCAAGAGGAAGCUCCCAAAAGGAAGGCAUCAAGGCCGUGGAUUUCAUGAAGAGGCAGCCUUAUCAGCUCAACUCUGCCAUGUUCCAGUAUGGGGGCAGUGUCACCAAUCUGUCAGCCAUGCCUUCGUACCAGGCCCAGCAGAACAACUACACAACAACAAUGGUGGGAAGCUCACUGACCUCACCUCGGCAAAUACCGCUCAAAACAGCCCGCGUUUAUGAAAUCAAGCGCUUCUCUACCCCAACACCUAUGUCAGCUCCAACUAUCACACCUAAAGUCAUCGCUCCUCGCUCAGCUACUACCCUUGGAGAACGUUUGACUCGUUCAGGCAUGACAUCCCCACCUCCUAUUGCCUUUGCUCCAGCUCCACCCCAGUCAGUCUGUACUUCGAAACCAGUUUUUUCUUCCUCCCAACCGACACGGCUACCCAACCUUCCAAAGUUCUCUGCCACCCCUAUUCCAUGCCCCGUACCUCCUUCGGUCCCCACACCUUACCCUCCAGCCUCAUACUCCAGUGGGCUGCAGACAGCCAAGCAGUUUCAGAGUGCUCCAGAACUUAGCAUUCUUGCAUCUUUGCCCCCGCUGAAAAACAUCCCGGUUCAGGCCCCCAAACCACAUUUUGUUGCCACUAGGGGCGGUGCGCAGCCCCAUGUCUGGAGACCAGGAGCAUUUUAAAACGGCGACGCACCUGUGGGGUUAGUAAUUAUCAACAUGAAACCCAUCAGUAUCGACUGUUAUAAUUGCUUCUUUGUUUAGUCAAAGCACAUUUUUCCUCUUAAAUAAUGAAAGGAAAGUUUUUGCUGGCUGCAUAAACAAAGAUAAGGAUUUUGAGGAUGCUAAUUUUGGAAUUCUUUUAACAUUUUACAAUAUGUUGAUAUACCAAGGUAUUAAAAAUUAAUUUUUAAUGCCUUGGUAUUAAAAAUUUUGUAAAGAACAAAACGUUAGGCAAUGUUUUACCGAAAGAAAUGAUUUCAUUAUGAAGUUCAAAAAACUUCAGAUUAACAAAUACUUACCUAUGUUCAAAACACUGAAUUUGACAUAUACCUUUGCUUUUGACAUAUACCUUGAUGCUAAUGGGGUAAAGCAGUACCCUGGACCUAGUUUUGAUUAGGCAUUUGCAGGUUUAUGCCAUUCAUUUAGAAGAAAUAUAAACCCUAACGCUCACUUUAGCCUGGAAGGAAUGAUUUCUCAUUUGCACAGGUCACAUUAUGUGAGCACAGUUAGAGCAAUACUUAUCACAUGGCUAAUUUUAGAUGCCAUUCAGGUACCAACACACUCUCAUUUUGCAAUGUGGUUGUUUGCAGAUAUAUGUACAUUGUUAAAUUGUAUUAAACAAAUUCUAAAUAUAAAGGAUGUGUAUUUUACUUUGUUUUUAUUCUUAGAGGAAUUAAUGGAAAGUCAGUGCUGUUCAAUUUUGUAAAAGGUCUUAAGGAAUGAGAGCAGCUGUGACGAGAGGGCGAUAACAUGUAAUGGAGUCUUAGGUAGAUCGUUGUCCAUUUGUCUGAAAUGGACAUGGUCACAUCUUUUAAAAUUAAGGCUUCUGAUUCAUUACAUACAGAUUAAAAUCUCACAGACUGUAGAUGUGAACAUGAUGGCCAGGGAAGUAUGAUCAGAUAAAUAUGUGGUGGAGCUUAAAGAACUGACAGAUGGAAGACGGAGGCUUUAUUGGUAUCUUUUUUUUCCCCACAAUAGUUGUGACAAAAAGCUGAAAUGUAAUGGAAAUGUUUUGAUGAAAGCAAGUAAGGCAUAUCUACAAUUGUUUCUUCUUUUUUUUUUUACUUAUGUUAAAUAUAAUUUCUGAUUAAUGUUUGUAUUUACAAUACAAACAGCUAAAGACACUAAAAUGUUGCAUAUAGUUAUGUUGAGGUGUAAAAUAUGUUAUUCAAGCAGCUGGAUAGUUAGAUUAGGUGUGAAACUGUUUGUAUUUUUUUUCUGAGUUAGAGUUUAUACUGAGUAAGAAAAGGCAAAUAUUUUGGAGAAAUAAAGUUGGAUUUGAAAGAAC